AACGCCCUACAGAGCCUGAAUAAACCUGAUAAAAAUAUAUUUAGUUUUAAUUUUUUCAAUAUUUUAAUUCUAGCAAGGUAUUUCGUUUAAAACAACUUUAACAUAAUGGCUCUUCGUAUGUUUUAUAAAAAUGCAAUUAUUACAAGUGGAGUUUCAUUACGGCUCAACGUAAGUACAUUUAAAAUGUUCAAUAGUUUGUUUAAUAUAGUAAAUUAUACAUCACUUUUGAGAUUAUGAGCAAACACCAAACUUUAAUAAAUGGUCAUGAAACCAGUGUUCAAAAUUACCUGUAUUCACCGAGAAGCUGAAAUCUAACAUUCGAACUUAGGCUUGUUGAUGAGAAUUUCUAUAUGAGUGCUCGUGCUUGAAUUUUGGUAUUAUUUUUUUUUGUUGAUUUCUAAGUUCCCUUAAUUACUUAAAGAAAAAAUGGUAUUCACAUACCUAGUUUUCUCACGUAAUUAAUGAGCCGAAUUCCGCUCAUAUUCGUUUUUUGUUAUAAACUUAAUUUCCUGUCUUGUCAACUUCCUACCAACAAUCAUGGCCUAUCCAAGAUGUGUAGUAGGUACUUAUAUUUAACUUUUGAUAAAAUAAAAAUAUAAUUCAACAUAGUAGAUAUUUAUACAUAUCUACAAUAUCAGUUUUUCCUUAGUCUGAUUUCUAUAGUGAAUUUUAAGAAUUUAAACAACUUUAAAUUGCAAGUGACAUCCAAAUCCUGUUUCCAGUACUUAAAUACCUUAACGUCAUUGGAUAAUCAAAUUUUUUAUGAAUUCCUGAUACAAUAUUUCAGCUUUUGAGCGCCAAAUUGUAAAGCUGAAAUAAAUUUUAGGAAAACCAUUAUUUAAGGUUGUUGCCUUAAGUACCUGUGUCAACUUGGCAGACAUUGAAAAAUACAACUUAGGAGAAUUAAAAGAGUGAAAUUUUAGAAUAUUCAACUCUUAUUGAAAAAUUCUAGACAUUUAUUUUGUGAAAUUAGUAACUAUUAAAACAGUUACUAAUUUCACAUAAUUUCAAAACUAUUAGAGUAGAUAUGAUUUUGAUUUAGUGAAUCCGUAAUAGAAAAUUUCAAAUGCUUUUUAAUACUUACUUAUUAAUUUACUAAUACUAUAAUACUAUGACUUUGACUUUGACUAUGACUUUAUGACUUAAAGGACACAUUUCUGAGAUAAAUUUAAAAAAAACUUUAUUGGAAAUAAUUACAUGACCUGUAUAAUAUAUGUAUAUUUUUUUUGUUAAGUUUUAAAAAUCAUGUCCCAAAUUUUGGCCUUGACAAGCAAUGGAAAUGUGAAGCCCCCUCAGUAAGUUUUCUAUCACUCAUCUCUUCUGUAUAUCUUUAUAAAUUCCAGUUAUCUUUUCACAAAUGAUCUUGAGGACUUUAAAGAUACCUCUAUAUUUAAGUUACAGAAACUUAAAACAUGGUAGGUAAUCAGAUAAUACUAAAGAGACUAAUAGAAAACUUUUAGAAAUGGCUCUAGAUUAAGGCCAACAUUUCUAAAACCUAACUAAAAAGAUAUAUAUAUAUAUAUAUAUAUAUAUACAUAUAUAAUAUGUACUUCCAAUGAUCAAAAAUUAUUUUUUAUAUAUCAUACCAUUUUUUUUAGAUUUUACCUCAUAAUUGAACCCAUUACUCCACAAUCUACUUGUGAACUUACACAAAACGAUGAAUCGCCUAGAGACAGCUCCGACUAAUAAUUUAAGCAUGUAAACAUGUGAUAUUUAGUUAUUGAAAUCACAAUGAAUAUAGGAACUGUGAAUUUCUUCUUUAUUUUCAAUACAAUUAGGUGGCGAAAAUAAGGUCCCAGUCACAUGUUACACAUAAUUUUGAACACAAUAUAUAAUACAUAUUUUCUUAUAACAAUUUAAAUCUAUAACUAGUAUCAAAUAUAUUAAUUUAAUUAGUGGUUUUUUAUUUCAAGUACUCAGUGAAACUUUUUCAAAAAUUUAAAUUUCAUUUAUAACUAAAUGGAAUUUAUUUACAUUUUUAAAUAACUAACCAAACCCUGUGAAAUAGUAGGUAUGAAAUGAAAAUAAUAAAACAAUCAAACAUAAUAUUGUUUUAAACAACAUUUUAUCGUGUCUACUUUUUAUGGUAUAAUAAUUGUGUUAAUUAUUAGUGGGUUUUGAAUAAAUUAGGGUGCGCUUAAUGGCUCAAUGUGUUCUGUAAACAUUAGAAUUUAAUAUUUUAUAUUAUCUGUUUUAAUUAAAUCUUAUAUGUUUGUUGUUAUCAAUGAUACUACCCAUAUAGAAUUCAAUAUGUAAACGUGAUUCGUCAUACAGAUCAAGCCCAUUUGCUUUAGAUCCAUCACAUUAUGCCAAGUUUGAAGUGACAUCUGUUCCAGAAGAAUGGAAAUUUGUGGAAAGACUUAUUCCAUCAAAAAUUAUACCAGCACCACCUAACAGUAAAGAUCUACCAUCUGGUUGGCAACCUCAAACAAGUAAAUAUUACAAAUAUAACAUAUUGAACUACUGUAUGUUAAUUUUAUAUAGAUUUAGGUAAUUCAAAUUUGAAUGAACAUUAGUGGCAGUGGCUCAAUUAAGAAGGGACUAGAGAAGCUUAGUCUUCCUGGAUCUUCUGAAGCCUUCUCAAUUAUUUUUUUAAACACUCUUUGUUGCACCACUGUAUUUAUUUAAUAUUAUGGUUGGGCUUAAGCCCCUCUAAGGUUUAUAAGCUAAUUUUGCUACUGAUUAGUGGGUAGCAUACAAUUAAUUUAAAAAAUGUUGAGUUUUCUAUAAUAAUUUAUACUUUUUUAUAUUAUUUAGUAUUUAGUUUAAUAUGCAAUAUUGGAAAUUGAACACAUUGACAAAGUUUUUAAUAAUACUACUAAUAAUAUAUCUAACCUAACAUUUUUUUAUAUUUUGUUUUACAGCCCAGUUUGGAAAAUAUCCUUAUUUUGUUCAUCGAACACGUAAUCAUAUGCUACCAGUAUACCUUAAAGUGUCUAUGAGAGGAAUGAGACGUAUAACUCAAAUAAAAAAUGUGGAUGGUGACAUAUGGGCAUUAGAAGUAGCAUUGAAGAAACACUUACAACAUUUAUAUGGAGAAAAAAAAAUAAUUGCUACCAAAGUACAUGAAGUAUGUGGUCAUUUGUUUAUACACGGUGACCACGUGAUGAAAGUUUGCGAAUGGUUAAUCAAGAAAGGUUUAUAAUAAGUAAUAACAGUAAAACUCAGAUUAGGAAAAAAAAAAUUGUAAUAUAAAAAAUAAUAUACAAUAAAAUCUAUAUAAAAAUUAAUUAUUGCACAUUGACUUUAACAUAUUGUUAAAUUAUUUAUAAGUAUUAACUACUAUAUG